AUGCAAAACGGUCGACAUGUCCAAGACCUCCUGGGGUUCAGAGAGCGACAAGGCUCUGAUAUAGGCUCGGAUGUCCUCACCGAGCGCGCCUGGGGUUCAACCUCGACCUCUGAUCCAUCAUCCACGCGCACUACAAAUGGUGCUCAUGGUCUGCGUACAGCAUCAGAUGCAACUUUGCCUGACCCAACUCCGAUUAUUCCAUACUGGUCUGCCAAGCGUCACCUCACAUGCGGUAAUCCUGCCCCUCGUUCUUCAUCAGCCCGUCUCUUUCCAUGGCGGGGAAGUGCACCCGGAAAGCUCAAGACCGCAAAUGCUGCUCUAGUUCUCUGUCUAAACAUCGAUGUUGACCCCCCAGAUAUAAUCAAGACUAACCCAUGCGCAGCGCUCGAGUGCUGGGUCAAUCCCCACUCACUCCCAUCUCACAAGGCUCUUGAAGCCAUCGGCUCAAACCUUCAACAUCAGUUUGAAGGUCUGAGCCUCAAGAUCCCCUACAAACCCAUCCUUGAUCCCUCUUAUGAGGACCUCCGUCGCUUCUGCAUAACUCUUCGCAAACAGGCCAAAGACGAGACAGUCUGCUUUUAUUACAACGGUCAUGGUGUUCCCAAGCCCACCCCUAGCGGGGAACUUUGGUGCUUUAACCGCAACUACACCCAAUAUAUUCCCGUAUCACUUAUGGAGGUCCAGACAUGGCUUGGCAGUCCAGGCGUGUACAUCUGGGAUUGCAGUGCUGCCGGGCACUUGCUCAACAACUUCAUCGUUUUUGCUGAACGUCGAGAUCAAGAUGCGUUCACUACCCGUGGGGGCUACGCGGAUGGCAUGCAGCCAUACAUGAACUCACUUCAACUCGCUGCGUGCGCUGCCCACGAGCAACUUCCAACAUGCCCAGAACUGCCAGCAGACGUCUUCACAUCCUGCCUGACUUCGCCCAUCGACAUCGCGCUGCGAUACUUCAUCAUGACCCACCAUCUCCCGAAUAACAUCACCCCCGAUAUGGUCAUGCAGCUACCAGGAGACCUCAAGGACCGUAGGACACCUCUCGGUGAGCUCAACUGGAUUUUCACUGCUAUCACAGACACCAUCGCAUGGACCACGUUCCCCAGGGACGUGUUCACGCGCCUUUACCGCUCUGACCUUCUUAUCGCAAGUCUCUUCCGAAACUUCUUGCUCGCGGAGCGAAUCAUGAAGAAUUACCACUGCACCCCCCAGACACAUCCUCCCCUUCCUGCCACAAACACCCAUCAGCUCUGGGCAGCAUGGGAUCUCGCUCUGGAUACAUGUCUGCGCCAGCUGCCUGAGCUGCUUGCGAAGACGCCAGGCGUGUCCAGCAGUCCUCCAAGUCCUGUUCCCGGCGCGCGCUCGGGACAGCGUGGGUCUGCUAAUGCUCCGCAUAACGAAAAACCAUACCAAUAUGUCCCGAGUCGCUUCUUUACUGACCAGCUCACCGCAUUCGAGGUGUGGAUCUCGCGCGGUGGUUCUGCACUCACAAAGCGUGGUCCUCUUUCCCUACCUCUCCAGAACGGUGGGGAUCGUUGUGACACGCCUGACGUUGUGAAUGGAGCUGCCACUUCUGAUGCUGAUCUUGUCCCGCGCAAGCCCCCCGAUCAACUCCCCAUCGUCCUCCAAGUUCUGCUCUCGCAGCCCCACCGACUUCGGGCACUGAUUCUCCUCUCCCAAUUCGUGGACCUCGGACCCUGGGCCGUCAACCUUGUGCUCACCAUUGGAAUUUUCCCAUACAUCUCAAAGCUGCUGCAAGCCGCAGGCCAAGACCUGCGCCCCGUUUUAAUCUUCAUAUGGGCGCGCAUCCUCGCAGUAGAUCCCAGCGUUCAAGUAGAUCUGUACAACACCGGGGGUUUCAAAUACUUUGCAAAUGUGCUUGCGACGCAGGAAGACAACGAGCUGCCCAACAGCACAAGGGAUUUCUAUAACGGCCAAAUGGCGUGCUGGCGCGAACGGGUAUUUGACGCUUGUUCCGAGCGUCUGGAAGAGGGCGACUUUUUGCUGAGGCAGUGGAGUGCGCUAUGUAUCGCGCAGAUAUGGGACUCCAAUGAUGAAGUCAAAGUCUAUGGAGUCGAUCGUGGGAUACAAGACAAACUCAUCCUCAUGCUGUCCGAUGACUCCCCUGAGGUCAGAAGUGCAGUCCUAUACGCACUAUCGACUUUUAUGGGUGCGGCCGGGGGCAAAGGUCAGGGUGGCUGUGGGACUGGGACUCAGUAUCAGCUCGAAGAACGUAUUCACUUCAGGAUGGAGGUGGCUGUCGCAACCGGAGCCACUCUUGCAGUGAGGGAUGACGCAAGCCCGAUGGUGCGCAAGGAGCUACUUGUGCUCAUUAGCUGCCUUGUACGUGAAUGGCGCGGGCACUUCGUCGUUUGCGCGUGGAUGUACUGGGAAGAGGACCGGCGAUGGCGCACAGGUGACUCGCAUGCCUAUUCUCACCAUACGGAAGACGAGGUCACAGCACAGGCGCUCGCAGAAUGGCUGGACGGGUUCGGGGACGAUGAAGGUGCAAGGGAAGAAAAUCGGGUGUUACUCUCAAGCUUCUUUACGAUUUUCGUGGUGCUCAUCGAGCUGACAAUUGAUCCAUACCACGAGGUCGCGACGCUAGCGCAGACGGUGAUGGACUACAUAUUUGCUCUGCUCCUCGCAUCACCAUUUUCGAGGCUUGAUCUUGUCCCCCCACUGCCAGUCGAUUAUAAGCCCGCUGGUGCAAACGGGUCACACUCACGCGCAGGCUCAGCGCAAAGCUCACCACUGAUGCAACACGCACCGCCCUCCCCGUCAUUGUCCCGUCCAUCAAAUACCCUCCGGCGCACGUCUUCCUUCGCUAAUACCUUGCGUCAUCUUGCAGGAAGCAUCCCUUUUCCCAGCACCGAUGAUGCACGCGCGCCGCCCAGCCCUGUACCCUCCUCACUCUCCCGUUCUGACGUCCUCGCUGCAUCGCGACCCCCAUCACCCAAUCUCAAUGUCGCACAGUAUGCUUCGCCUUACUCACGUCCGCCAACGCCGUCACGGGAUAGGGAGAGAGAAAGAGACUUCAAUUCGCCUCCAGUGUCCCCAACCGCAGUCCCUGUGAACUUCCUGCCUUCACAUGUGAUGGAAGCGCUUGUGGAGGAAGAUAUGGUGCGUUUACGAGCACGACGUCGGGGAGGAGUAAACGGACGACGGUCCGCAGGCACAGGGCUCGGUCAUGGAGGUAGCGCCGGUGGUGGCAUGAACAGUCCAUGUGAGAGCACGUUUUCUAUGGACUCGAAUGUCAGCAAUGUACCGCUUGGUUGUGGGACCGGGAACGGGCUGCGAGAUGUGUUGCCCCUGAAGAGCUCGUUUUUCGCUUGGUGUUGCGAAUACUUUACGGAGCCACAGAUGCGGCAAACGGAGGCAGACGAGCCAGGAAGCAUGCAGUACAAUUAUCAGGUGUGGAGGCAGCAACGAAAUGAGCAAGUUAUUACGGAGACGCAAAAACAGGCAAUUGUUGCUGAGAGCUCGAGAUGGGAUCGUCCCGUGGCCAAUCUACACGUGAACAAUCAUCCGUUGUGCAUGGCCAUGCAUGCGUACGACCCCCACCUGGUUGUCGCGAAUGAUACAGACAUGAUCAGGUUUGGCUGUGAUUUUUUGGUGCUGGAUGACCCUAUUGACGGAUCAUAUCGCAGCGUUUGGGACUGGACACAGCGCAAACGCUUGAAUUACUUCUGCAAUGGUAAUCCUAAAGGCACGAGCAUUACGUCGCUGCAUGUCAUCAACCAGGAUGUGGGAGGAAUCAUCAUGACUGGUGCAGCGGACGGCAUCGUGCGUCUGUACCGGAAUUAUGACCCCACGGUGAACCAGGGUCCGCUGCAGAUGGUCAGCUCAUUCCGUGCCUUGCAUGAGAUGAUCCAGGUGCGUAGAGGUAGUGGCCUUGUGCUAGAUUGGAAACAAUCUGGUGGCACCCUACUGAUCGGAGGCGACUCUCGCAUUAUUCGUGUAUGGGAUGCCCACACGGAAACCCAAGUCCUGGAUCUCGAUACGAAUUGCGAGAGUUCCGUGACGUCCAUCACCUCUGAUCAGGGCUCGUCGUCCACGUUCAUUGUUGGCUUUGCCGACGGUCUAGUCAAAGUUUUCGAUCGUCGACUAGAGGAAGAGGACGCUAUUGUUCGAUCGUAUCAUGAUCAUCACUCAUGGGUUCAGAAUGUUAAAUACCACCCGCGCAUCAGCGGUCAAUUCUUGUCUGCAAGCCUCGCUGGCGAGAUCCGUCUGUGGGAUGUAAGAGGCCCUGAUAAAGCGGCUCAAUCUUGGGACUUGCACCAUGCUGGCUUGUCCACGUUCGAUAUGCAUUCGCAGACGGGCGUGUUUGCUACAACAUCUGCUCUUACCCCUGCAAACUUUAGACACCAGCGGCUCAUGGUCCACUCUAUCUCAGAUUCAUCGCCGCUCUCCACGCUGAACCUACCGACGGGAUUGAGCAUGUACCCCUCUCGACCACCAUCGCCUUAUAUCCCUAGGCACACGUCUUUCGCAUUCCACCCAAUGGAGAUGCUGUACGCUGUUGGUCAGCCUGACGGCUCUGUUAAGAUCACGGGAUGCAAACUCACGUAG